UCAGUCUAUUUCUAUUAAUAUAAAUCAUCUAAUUGAUAUUUUAUUUUACAAGUGAAAUUACUAAUUGUUGACACAAUUAUCUAUUCUAACAAAUAUGAAUUCAUCUUUUUUCUUAACUGUAACUGUUUUAGCUUUGGUUGGAUGUUGUCAGUCAGCACCUAAAGUUGGCAAAUGUCCAACUCCUGGAGCUGAAGAUGAUAUCGGCUUUGAUGUUUCAAAGUACCUUGGACGUUGGUAUGAAAUUAGACGAACUGAUAGUCCAAACGAAAAAGGUGUCAAAUGUUCAACUGCAAAUUACAGUCUCCGAUCCGAUGGUAAAGUUAAUGUAACCAAUUCAGGAGUCAAUUCAGAAGGUGAUGAUGUUGUUGCUUAUUUAACAGCGACAAUAGUUGAUGAAAGUAAACCCAACUUCUUGAAUGUUGAACUAUUUCCAGGAGCUCCAACUGCAAGCUACUGGGUUAUCAAGACUGAUUAUCAGACUUAUUCAACUGUAGUUUCAUGUGUCCAAAUCACAGCGGACAUGUACUCAGUUUCUGGGUGGAUUUUGUCAAGAACUCCAACUUUAAGUGGCGAAGUAGUUGAAGAGUUGACCAAACUACUUGAAACCAAAGGAGUGACCGAGCUCUUGACCCCAGAUCGAGCUGGAUGUACCAACUAAAUCAAAAAACACGAAAAUUUCCAUAGAGAUUUUUGUAAAUCGUGGCAAAAA